AUGGUGACCUUCCAACCAAAAGGUGUGCAAGACGGACGGGAAAGGGUCAAUGAGCCCUCUCCCAAGCUUCGGCCCCGAGUGGUUUACUUCCAAGCUGCCCGGAACCCUCCCACCACAUCCCUUGCCUGCCUGCGCAUUUGGCUUCCCCCCUGCCCCUCCAGGGCUGAUAGCCCAGAUGCCGGAGCUGGCAACGGUGUCCCCCAGGGUGGCAGCCAUGGUGGCAGAGGCCCUCCGCAGAGGCCCUCCGGGCUCCACCCUCACCACCCCAGGGAUGCCGCCACCCCCACAGUCAGUGCUGCCGAUGCCUGUGUGAUGCGGCAGGGCGUCGAUGGUUCCUCGCUGUGGAGGCCCUUGGAUUUCGCGAGCCGCUCCAGCAGUGAACGUUGCCCCUGCAGUCUACGGCAGAAACCUUUGCCGUGUGGCCUGCUAAGGCAGGAAAAGUUGGCUCAGUUGGCUUUCAUCAUCUUUCAUCCCACUUUUCGAAACAUUUUUGUGAAAUCUUUUGGGUAUGGUCCGGCCGUGGACCACACAUGGUGA